AUGCAAUCAUUGAAUAAUACACAAGUAUCAUUUUCAUCUCCUCUUACUUGUAUUCAUCAUGAGUUUGUAUAUCAAGUAAUGAAACAUCCACAAAAACUAGCUGUUGAACUUGAUGAACAAUCAUUGACGUAUUGUGAACUUCUAUAUUAUGUUCAAGUACUCUCUUCAACUCUUCUUAAUCAAUAUCUUAUCGCUCCAGGUGAGGUUGUGUGUCAAUGUGUUGAGCGAAGUUUGUCAAUGGUGAUUGGUAUAAUGGGAAUUGAAAUGGCUGGUGGUGUCUAUUGUCCAUUAUCACCUCGAGAUCCACAACAUCGUUUGCAUGCUCUUGUACAACAAACACAAAGUCGUCUUGUUCUUGUCCAUUGGUUGACAAAAAUGAAAUUUAACAAUGAUAGUCUUACGAUUGAUAUUCAUUCAAUAUUGAUUAAUAAUGAUGUAAUGAACGACGUUCAUGUUGAUCGACUAUCAAGUAUUACAGUCACAUCCAAUGGUAUUGCUUAUAUCAUUUUCACAAGUGGUUCAACCGGAACACCAAAAGCGGUUCAAGUUUGCCAUGAGAAUUUUACUAGUUACAUGUACUCAUUUGUAAGUGUUAGCACAUUGAAGAAGGAUGAUGUAACUGUCCAGAUGGCUCGAAGUACUUUUGACGUUCAUCUUCAAGAAAUAAUUGGUGUUUUAUUAAUUGGCGCUACAUUAGUUAUGCUACAUCCAAGAGGAAUCAUGGACUUUGACUAUCUUGCCAAUGUUAUAAUAAAGAAGAAUAUUACUUAUUUUGCUUCUGUUCCAACGAUGAUUAAUAAUUUCUUUACUUUUCUACAACAACAAAAUUAUCAUAAUGUUGUACAACAUCUGCGAUUAGUUUGCAGUGGUGAUCACUUCUCACAAACUGUGUUUAUCGAUCAAAAGGGAGAGUUGUUUAUAGGUGGAGCAGGCGUGUUUGCUGGUUAUCUUGGGCGUGAUGAUUUAACUGCAAAAGCUCUUGUUGAAGUUGAUGGUGAACUAUUUUAUCGAACAGGUGAUCUUGUUACAAUGGAUAACCAUGGUCUUCUUCAUUAUCAAGGAAGAAAAGAUCAUCAAAUCAAACUA